UGUAUACCAGAAUAAGACAUAUAAAUUGGGCUCUAAAAUCAACAUUGCUGACAUAUGUCAAAUGUGCUGGUGUCGAGGCCGAUUCAGUCCACAGAUGCAGUGUAGAACAAGAGAAUGUCCUCAAACAGAAAUUUCUGAUGGAGAUAAUUGUCAUCCACUCUAUGAAAAAGACAGAUGUUGUCCAGUAGGAUAUAAAUGUGUUGCUGCAACAGAUGAAAAUGAUGAAACUCAAGAAAAAAGAAUAUGUGAAUACAAUGGUGUAUUUUAUCCUUUGGGAGCUAGAGUAUAUCCAUCGUAUGAUCCUUGCCUGAUAUGUGACUGUGUCUUAAACGAUAAUGGUGAUAAUGAAUUACAUUGCCACAAACAAGACUGCUUGUUUGAAAGGUAUAAAUCAAAGAUAGAUGCUGGAUGUGUACCCGUUUAUCAUGAAAAGAAGUGUUGUCCAGUUGAAUUUCAUUGCCCUGAAACAAAAACUUUAAAUUAUACAGUUAUGGAGAAUGAUGAUGCAUUAAAUGAAAGCGAUGUACAGUCUGGUGAUCAUUGCAUUUUUUCUGGAAAAUUCUAUAAGAUUAAUGCUGAAUUUGCAGUGAGUAAUCCAUGUAUAAAAUGCAAAUGUCUAGUUCCUCCUGAUUUUACAUGUAUUCAUCAGUCAUGUCCUCCUCCUCCAAAUGCUAAAAAUUGUUAUGCUUCAAAGACUACAGGCCAGUGCUGUCCAUAUUAUGAAUGUCUGAUUGGAGAUAAUGAUGCUAAUUAUGACUGGGAUGACGUUGUAACUGAAAUUGUUUGUCCAACUCCAUUAUGUGCUGAUGAAUCUUGCCACAUUGGAAUUCCUGAGGGUCAUAAGUGUCCAACUUGCAUCUGCUCAGCCCAGAUUAUACCAACAACAUUCCUGGAUAUAAAUUCCUCUAAUAGCGAAAAUGCUACAUAUCCUGAAGUUGACAACAAGGAAGGUAUUGAAAAGAAUGAUGAAGAACUUAAAAGCAAAAAUUUGACGAACUUUCAAGAUAUGGAAGAAUUACUUAGUAAUCAAAUUGCUGAGAAAGACUUUGAGAAAAUACGCGAAGAUUUCGAAAUUUCUGAUAAUCAUUCUUCAGGUCAUUUUCAAAGGAUGGUAAGGCAAGAACAGGACCAAUCAGUUUUAAAUCAACAACAACAACAACAAGAGCUUAAUUCUGAUACUGAAUUAGAACGUGAGCCAUUUUCUGAAGAUCAGGAUGAAUAUGAUGCUGAAUUACAAAGCUUCCAAAAAAGCAAAAAAAAUGAAAAUACAGAUAACAUUUUAGGUCAUAGUACUGAACCAAUUUCAAGUGAAUUAGUUCCAGAUGGCUGUCCAACACCUAUAUGUGAAAAUUCUACUUGCCGUAUAUUGAUUCCAGCUGGUGAACAUUGUCCAACUUGUGUUUGUGAAAGUAGAGGAGAUCGUCAGCCAUAAUGACUACCUGAAGAUGUAACACGUAAAAUGAAUAUAAAAACGGAAGUUUGUAAAGGAGAAGUGGCAAGCUGCAAGAACUUUCAUAAAGCAUUUUAUCAUAUGUUACAUUACAAGAAAGAAUGAUAAGAAAUUUUGUAUAGAAUUUAUAAUUUUUAAGAGAAAGGAAGAAUAUGCAUCAAAAAAUGGAAAUUAGCUUAUAUUUUCAUCAAAUAUCAAAAGUACAAUAUUCAUAUUCAGUUGUCUCUAUUUUGUGCUUGAUAAUGAUUAAAAUUAAAAAUAUAUUUAAUAAUAAAAAUUUGUACUCGUGAUGUAUUGAAAUCACUAACACAGAUCAAAAUUUUAUCUGUAAGCACAUAGUCUGUAGCAAAUUAAGUACUAUGUGUACUGAAAGUUAUCAGAUUGUAAAUGAAGUGUUUAUUAUUGUAUUAUAUAUUUAUUUUUGUAUUCAGAAAAAAGUAGUGCAUAGGAUGUUCUCAGUAAUAAAUUACUAUACUCAAAUUUUUUUAACCAACCAUGAGUAUUUUGAUAAUUCCAUCUAAAUGAUACUAUCUUGUGAAUAAUAAAAGGUGACCAAUUAUAAACUGUUGUAAAGCAAAAUGAUUAAACAUUUGAGAAGGAAAGACUAGUAAAAGUAGAAAACCAAAAAUUGCAUAUUUCUUUCCUGAAUCCCAUGCAUGAAAUAUAAUUUCAUUAGUGUGCAUAUACAUUGUCAGCCAAAAGUGUUUAAUGAAACUUUACCACGAAUUAAUUUACCUUGUAAAAUGUAAAAUACCUUCAGCAAUAAAGUGAUUUUUCAGUAAUGUAA